GAAUCGAAUCCCAUGGUCCGCAGAAUCCUCUGCGAGAGGAUCAGAGUCACCGUUGGCGGCGGCGGCGGCGGCAACGGCCACCGACAGCAACAACGACAACACGGACAAUCCUCAGAUCCGGCAACAACUUCAAGGCCAACAAAAGUCUUCUCCCUCCACAAUCGGGUUUACUGCGAUUGCUCGAAAUACUUCAGCACCACCCUCAGCCCACGUGAUCACGAUGUCUUCGUUGAGGCCCAAACAGGCCACUUUGUCUUCAACGCCAACGAUGAUGACGGCGACGACGACGAUGACGUUGACGAACCAGACGACUUUUACUGCUGGGCCGUCUGGCUCUAUGUUUGCAGUGGCUGCAAGCACGAGUUCCAGGACGAUCACCGGUAUAGGCCUUCCAGGCCGGAGUCCGGUAGGGCUUCCUCAGGGUCCUCGGAGUCGGCUGCUGGGGCAGGGGAAUACCUCUACGCCUCCCAUAAACCCUACGGAUUGCCCCAGCCCCCUCUUUGCAAGUCCCUCUCCAAUCGCAUCGCAGAAGAAGAAGGAGAAGGAGAAGGAGACCGUACCCGCUAUGGCGGCCUCGAGGAUGAAAGAAGACGCCGCAACUGCUACGGAAAAGGGGGAAAUUUGUCGUCGUCGAAAGUUACGGGGUGGUUCUGCGCCAGGGACAGCGGUAGCGGCAUCAAAGAAGAGCCCAACGGGGUCAACCCCGUCAGCGACCCCAACGCGCCCAUAGAAGCAGCAGCCGCUUACAUAUUCGGAUACCGCCUUUGUUGUCGAUUACCAGGAAGGGGAUUGCACAAUCACUGA